AAGGCGGAGCUGUGGCCAGGGUUCGUCCGCGCGGCUCUGCGAGUGGCGGUCCUGAGGUGGCGGGCAUGGCGGGCACCGUGGUGCUGGACGACGUGGAGCUGCGGGAGGCGCAGCGAGACUACCUGGACUUCUUGGAUGACGAGGAAGACCAAGGAAUUUACCAGAGUAAAGUUCGAGACCUGAUCAGUGACAACCAAUACCGGCUAAUUGUCAAUGUUAAUGACCUGCGAAGAAAAAACGAGAAGAGGGCUAACCGCCUCCUGAGCAAUGCCUUUGAGGAGCUGGUUGCCUUCCAGCGAGCCUUAAAAGAUUUUGUGGCCUCCAUCGAUGCUACCUAUGCCAAGCAGUAUGAGGAGUUCUACAUAGGACUGGAGGGCAGCUUUGGCUCUAAGCACGUCUCUCCUCGGACCCUUACUUCCUGCUUCCUCAGCUGCGUAGUCUGCGUGGAGGGCAUUGUCACUAAAUGCUCUCUAGUUCGGCCCAAAGUUGUUCGCAGUGUCCACUACUGCCCUGCUACCAAGAAGACUAUAGAGCGGCGCUACUCCGACCUCACCACCCUUGUGGCCUUUCCAUCUAGCUCUGUCUACCCCACCAAGGAUGAGGAGAACAAUCCUCUUGAGACGGAAUAUGGCCUUUCUGUCUAUAAGGACCACCAGACCAUCACUAUCCAGGAGAUGCCAGAGAAGGCCCCCGCGGGACAGCUGCCCCGCUCCGUGGAUGUCAUUCUAGAUGAUGACUUGGUGGAUAAGGUGAAGCCUGGUGACCGAAUCCAGGUGGUGGGGACCUACCGCUGCCUUCCUGGCAAGAAGGAAGGUUACACCUCAGGGACCUUCAGGACUGUUCUGAUUGCCUGCAAUGUGAAGCAAAUGAGCAAGGACAUUCAGCCCUCAUUCUCUGCGGAGGACAUAGCCAAGAUCAAGAAGUUCAGUAAAACCCGUUCCAAGGACAUCUUUGACCAGCUGGCGCGGUCGCUGGCUCCAAGUAUCCACGGACACGACUAUGUCAAGAAGGCAAUCCUCUGCUUGCUCUUGGGAGGGGUAGAACGGGACCUUGAAAACGGCAGCCACAUCCGUGGGGACAUCAACAUUCUCCUGAUAGGAGACCCAUCCGUUGCCAAGUCUCAGCUUCUGCGGUAUGUGCUGUGCACUGCACCCCGGGCCAUUCCUACCACCGGCCGAGGCUCCUCUGGAGUGGGGCUGACAGCUGCUGUUACCACAGACCAGGAAACAGGGGAGCGCCGUCUGGAAGCGGGGGCCAUGGUCCUGGCUGACCGUGGCGUGGUUUGCAUUGAUGAAUUUGACAAGAUGUCUGACAUGGAUCGCACAGCCAUCCAUGAGGUGAUGGAGCAGGGCCGGGUGACCAUUGCCAAGGCUGGCAUCCACGCGCGCCUGAAUGCCCGCUGCAGUGUUCUGGCAGCUGCCAAUCCCGUGUACGGCAGGUAUGAUCAGUACAAGACCCCCAUGGAAAACAUCGGGCUGCAGGACUCACUGCUGUCCCGAUUUGAUUUGCUCUUCAUCAUGCUGGAUCAGAUGGAUCCUGAGCAGGAUCGGGAGAUCUCAGACCAUGUCCUCAGAAUGCACCGUUACAGGGCCCCCGGGGAGCAGGAUGGUGAUGCCCUGCCCUUGGGAAGCGCUGUGGAAAUCCUGGCCACCGACGAUCCCAACUUCAGCCUGGACGACCAUCAGGACACCCAGGUUUAUGAGAAGCAUGACAACCUGCUGCAUGGGACCAAGAAGAAAAAGGAGAAGAUGGUGAGUGCAGCGUUCAUGAAGAAGUACAUCCACGUGGCCAAGAUCAUCAAGCCGGUCCUGACCCAGGAGUCAGCUGCCUACAUUGCCGAGGAGUACUCGCGCCUGCGCAGCCAGGACAGCAUGAGCACCGACACCGCGCGGACAUCUCCAGUUACAGCGAGAACCCUGGAAACUCUGAUUCGGUUGUCCACAGCCCACGCAAAGGCCCGCAUGAGCAAGACCGUGGACUUGCAGGAUGCGGAGGAAGCUGUGGAGCUGGUCCAGUAUGCAUACUUCAAGAAGGUCCUGGAGAAGGAGAAGAAACGUAAGAAGCGAAGUGAAGAUGAAUCAGAGACGGAAGAUGAAGAAGAAAAAAGCCAGGAGGACCAAAGGCAGAAGAGGAAGAGGAGGAAGACUCGUCAGUCAGGUGCCAAGGAUGGGGACUCCUAUGACCCCUAUGACUUCAGUGACACAGAGGAGGAGAUGCCCCAAGUACACACUCCGAAGACAGCAGACUCACAGGAGACCAAGGAGCCCCAGAAGGAGUCCAGCGAGUCUCAGGAGACUGCGGAAUCCCAGAAGAUGGAGUUGGAAGAGUCCAGGCUGAAGGCUUUCAAGGUGGCCCUCCUGGACGUGUUCCGGGAAGCUCACGCCCAGUCUGUGGGCAUGAACCUUCUCACAGAAUCUGUCAACCGCGACCGAGAAGAGCCCUUCUCCCCCGAGGAGAUCCAGGCUGCUCUGGACAGGAUGCAGGAUGACAACCAGGUCAUGGUGUCAGAAGGCAUCAUCUUCCUCAUCUGAGGAGGGCUGGCCCUGGACUGGAGGCCUGCGUGUUUCCCACGUCCCCAUCCCAGUCAGUCUUCACCUUCAUUCUCCAAGGAUCGUGUUUAAAUGGCUGAAGCUGAGGGACGUGGUGAUGUGCUUGGAUGAGGACUGGUGAUGAAAGCUGUCCCGCUGGGGGGUGGGGGCAGGAGGAAGGGUGGGGGCAGACUGUGACCAUCUACUCAUCUCCACCCCUCAGACGCUCCUUCUCCUCUCCCCUGCCCAGCACACCCAGACCAUUCACCCCUUCCUGGCUCCACAGACCAACCCAACAUUAUCUUAUGUAAAUAACAGGUCUGUUUAGGGGACAGGUGCUUUUCUGUGUUGGCUGGCUUUUCAGUUCUCCAUAUUGGUCUAGAAAAAGCUUUGAGUCCUGCAGAGAGGAUUGGAGGUGGAUUUCGCAGUUGUUAAGCUUUCUUUGCAAAUAGGGCUAAUUUGUAUUUUCAACCUAAAUAUUUAGGAUGUGAAAUAAAACUUUUGUACACAUGGUCUUGA